AUGUCACAGGCUGAGGCGACUCGCGCCGAGUCAAUCGACGAGCAAGAACGCGCCCGAGCGGCCGAUGGCGACAAGAAGUCGAAGUCCAAACGACCCGCCACGAUUGAAAGCAUGGCAGUAGGUGCAACCAACCCCUUUACGAUCCAUUCGCCCGAUUAUCUUACUGACGCGGGCUCUCCCGGUAGACCGAUCUUAACGCCAAAGAGCGUCUUGCCAUUGUUCUUCAUUGUCGGCAUCAUAUUCGCGCCGCUCGGUGGAGUCCUUCUCUGGGCCAGCUCUACGGUCCAAGAGAUUGUGAUUGAUUACACCGAUUGUAUCAGGCUGGCCCCUGAUACACUGACCACCAUCCCAGAUAGCGACAAACGAGUUUCAGCUACCUUCAAAUCGAAGUCGUCGCAGUCGCCCAUGUGGCAAUUUAAAAAAAAUGGAACCGACAAUAUCUGCCUCCUCCAAUUCGAUAUCCCCAAUGAUAUGGGUCCCCCGGUUUUCUUAUACUAUCGUCUCACCAAUUUCUACCAAAACCAUCGCCGAUAUGUGCAGUCCUUGUCACUGCCGCAGUUGAAGGGCGACGCGCUUAGCAACAAAACGAUUGCAGAUAGUACUUGUGACCCUCUUACGACGGACCCGGUCACCAAGAAAGCCUACUACCCAUGUGGAUUGAUCGCAAACUCCCAGUUCAAUGAUACAUUCUCAAGCCCCAGCGAUGUCAGUAGCGGGACGCAAGACCCGGUCACUUACAAAAUGACAAAUAAAGGAAUCGCUUGGGAGAGUGACAGGGCGUUAUACGGAAAGAGCUCAUACAAACCGGAUGAGGUGGUCCCUCCACCCAACUGGGGCUAUUACAAUGGUAGUUACACGAAAAUCCCUGACCUGUCAGAAGAAUUCAUGGUUUGGAUGAGAACAGCUGGGUUACCGUCCUUCAGCAAACUCGCCCUCCGGAACGAUGACACGGUUAUGGGUAAGGGAACGUACCAGUUAGAAAUUGCUGACAAAUUCAAUGUGACCGAGUAUGAUGGAACAAAGUCGAUUUUGUUGUCCACUAGGACCGUCCUUGGAGGCAAGAAUCCCUUCAUGGGAAUUGCCUAUGUCGUUGUUGGAGGAGUCUGCGUGCUGCUUGGAGCUCUGUUUACCGUGGCUCACCUAAUCCGACCGAGAGCCAUAUCUCACCCGACUCUUUUCUUUUAG